UAGCCGGGUAGACCAGGCCCUCGGGCCAUGGAGCUCCGACUAGCGGAUCGCGAGCCUCCGGCGCGCCCGAAUCUGCCCGCCCGGUGUCCAGCUCCCACUCCUUUCCCGCCCCAGCCUUGGAGACAGCAGCCCCCGGACUACUGAGGGACGACAGCAUGAAGACUCAGGGCCGGCUCCUGCUCAUCCUCCUGUGCUCCUUGGUCUUCUCUGCUGUCUACAUCAUCUUAUGCUGUUGGGCCUGUCUGCCCCUCUGCCUGGCCACCUGCCUGGACCACCACUUCCCUCCUGGCUCGAGGCCCACCGUUCCAGGGCCUUUGCACUUCAGUGGCUAUAGCAGUGUGCCUGAUGGGAAGCCGCUGGUCCGGGAACAGUGCCGCAGCUGUGCUGUCGUGUCCAGCUCCGGCCAGAUGCUAGGCUCGGGCUUGGGCACCGAGAUCGACAGUGCUGAGUGCGUGCUUCGCAUGAACCAGGCACCUACCGCGGGCUAUGAGGCGGAUGUGGGCCGUCGCAGCACCCUGCGCGUCAUCUCGCACACUACUGUGCCGCUGCUGCUGCGCAACUACUCGCACUACUUCCAGCAAUCCCGAGACACUCUCUACAUGGUGUGGGGCCAGGGCAGGCACAUGGACCGGGCCCUCGGUGGCCGCACCUACCGCACGCUGUUACAGCUCACCAAGAUGUACCCAGGCCUGCAGGUGUACACCUUCACCGAGCGUAUGAUGGCCUACUGCGACCAGAUCUUCCAGGAUGAGACCGGCAAGAACCGGAGGCAGUCAGGCUCCUUUCUCAGCACCGGCUGGUUCACCAUGAUCCUUGCCCUGGAGUUGUGUGAGGAGAUCGUGGUCUAUGGAAUGGUCAGCGGCAGCUACUGCAGGGAGAAGAGCCACCCGUCAGUGCCUUACCACUACUUCGAGAAGGGCCGGCUGGAUGAGUGUCAGAUGUACCUGGCACAUGAGCGGGCACCCCGAAGUGCCCACCGCUUCAUCACUGAGAAGGCUGUUUUCUCCCGCUGGGCUAAGAAGAGGCCUAUCGUGUUUGCCCAUCCGUCCUGGAAGACUGAGUAGCCCUGACACCUGGUCAGCUGCCACACCUUCUCCAGGCCUCUUUCCCAUCCCAGGCCAGUUACUACACUCCAUUGAAAAUGUUUAUCUUGUGGAUCCUGCCUCCUGCCACAUACCGAGUGGACCUAGGUUUCUUUUUGCCCUGCCCUGAGAACACCUGCAGCCAUCUCGGACCUCAUGACUUGAAGGGGAAUGAAAGAGGGUGCCCUCCUCUCCCCCCAACUCCCCAACCAAUCUAUAUAGCACUUUGAGGUUCAUCCCACCUCCUGGUCAAUCAAGUGGCCUUUGACUCCGGGGUUCAUGGCCCACUAUUCACCAGCAUCAUGACUUUGUGCCAGUCCUGGUCCUCCCCUUCCCAGCUGCCUUUGGUGCCACACUUCUCAGGCCAGUUCCCUGGCUGGGGCGGUGAGAGCCUGGGGUCUGCUGGUUGAACAGGCCUUUAAGCCUGACUGCCAAGGCCAUAUCAGGAGCGUACGGGUAAAGCGUGUUUUUUGGACACUG